AGCAGGAGUUCCCUCUAGCUGUGGGUAGAGGAUUAAUGUUAAUGGUGGUCUCGUACUGUCGAAUUAUGAGCGGAAGAAAGGUGUAGGGUGAGGGUUAAUCCAUGCCGAAUGUAGCUGGACAAAGUUUGGACAAACGCAACUGAAGAUUUCUACGGACAACAGAACGGAUUUUCGGCGCUAAUUGUUUUUGGAGUUGGAAAAAAAAUAUAUAAAUAUAUAUAUAUAUCUAUCUAUCUAUAUAUCAGGUGUGUGUGUGUUGCGGAAUAAGAGGGAAAGUGGACACGGCCUGCCUCGGGUCAGAGAGGGGGGAAAGGACAGAAAAGAGGAAGAUUGCAAAGGCAAGACUGUAAUAAAGUGGCCUCGACGGAUUGGACUGUACUGACGGAGAUUGGAGCCACUGCUGCACGCGCUGUUUAUAAGCCUGUUUCGCUUUGCUAGCUAGCGCUUGUUCGCUAGCUAGCUAGCUGACAACCACAGGCUAACUAGCAUAACUGACUAGCAUUAACUAAUUGACUGACUGGGCAAACGAAGGAACUAACUAACUGACCGACUGACUGAUUUCUUCAUGAGCGGGUCUCUGCGUUAUGGUUAUAAAUAGCUAGCUGAGCCAAGCUAGUGCGCGCGCCGGAAAUCAGGAAUCAACUCGUAUGUUGAGUCGGGAUCAGAGGUCUGCGGUGUGAGAAGAGCCGAACUGAGGGAUUUCCUUCUCCUUCCUUCCUUCCUGACCCCCGGCCUGCAGUCAUGGGCAACGCGCCCACCGCCAAGAACAAGGGCAGCGAGAUGGAGAGCGUGAAGGAGUUUCUCGCUAAAGCCAAAGAAGAUUUCCUGAAGAAAUGGGAGAAUCCAGCACAGAACACUGCGUCUCUGGACCAGUUUGAGAGGCUGAAGACGCUGGGCACGGGCUCCUUUGGGCGAGUCAUGCUGGUCAAGCACAAAGAAACGGGGCAACACUUCGCCAUGAAGAUCCUCGACAAACAGAAGGUGGUGAAGCUGAAACAGAUAGAACACACGCUGAAUGAGAAACGCAUCCUGCAGGCCGUGAGCUUCCCCUUCCUCGUCCGGCUGGAGCACUCCUUCAAGGAUAACACUAACCUGUACAUGGUGAUGGAGUAUGUUCCAGGAGGAGAGAUGUUCUCUCAUCUGAGGAGAAUCGGCAGGUUCAGUGAGCCUCAUGCUCGUUUCUACGCCGCUCAGAUAGUCCUGACCUUUGAAUACCUUCACUUUCUCGACCUCAUUUACCGAGAUCUCAAGCCUGAGAACCUGCUCAUCGAUCAGCAGGGCUAUAUACAGGUUACAGAUUUUGGCUUUGCCAAGCGUGUGAAGGGCCGGACCUGGACGCUGUGUGGUACUCCUGAGUACCUGGCUCCGGAAAUUAUCCUCAGUAAAGGCUACAAUAAAGCAGUGGACUGGUGGGCACUUGGCGUUCUGAUUUACGAGAUGGCCGCCGGAUAUCCCCCGUUCUUCGCUGACCAACCCAUUCAGAUCUACGAGAAGAUCGUCUCAGGCAAGGUGCGCUUCCCCUCCCACUUCAGCUCAGACCUGAAGGACCUCCUGAGGAACCUUCUCCAGGUGGACCUGACCAAGCGCUUCGGCAACCUCAAGAACGGCGUCAACGACAUCAAGGGCCACAAGUGGUUCGCCACCACCGACUGGAUCGCCAUCUAUCAGAGGAAGGUUGAAGCCCCCUUCAUCCCGAAGUGCAAAGGUCCAGGUGACACCAGCAACUUUGACGACUACGAGGAAGAGGAAAUCCGGGUGUCCUUCACGGAAAAAUGCGCAAAGGAGUUUGCAGAGUUCUAGAGCCAGCCUGGAGAGGCGGAGGGAGAGAGCGACGGAGCGAUACGGACGGUGGAGGGCAGGGACGCAGAGAGAGAGAGAGAGAGAGAGAGAGAGAGAGAGAGAGAGAGAGAGAGAUGAUGAUGAUGAUGGACUGGAGUCUGUAUUGAGUAAACCACAAGAACAACAAUAAUGUAGAGCCCCCCUCUUCUGUACACACACACACACACACACACACACACACAGGGGGAGGAGAGAUAUUAAAAAUGUCCCAAGAAAGCCAGCAGUGUUGCCUUCGAGAUCGUCUAUCAUUUAUUGUUCUUGAUGAGAGUUAUAAUUAUUCCAUUUCUCCCAUUUUCAUCUCCUUUCAGAGUCGUAGCGAGAGUCAUCUAGGUCAAGGUGCAGUCGUCUCUUUGCGUCUCUCUCACACACACACACACACACAGCUUUAUCUCUGGUUCUGAAGUGAAGUGAGUCCAACAUUGCAGUUCACCUAUUUAUUUAUUUUUUUAACAUGUCUCUUUCUCUGCUGUUUUGCCCCCCCACCCCCCGAAGCAUCGUCCAAAAUCUGUCCAAGCAAUACCGAGACACUACCCCUCCCCCCAAACCCCACAAUCCCCCCCCCCCAAACCACAAAAUUUCUCAUUCUUGUUGUGAAGAAGCGGACCUCCUGCUUGUUUGACUUCCAUUUUCCAUCUGCCUCGUCUUUACCUCUUUCUUUUUGCCCAAAAAAACACCAGGGUUCUUUUCCUAUGUUCUGCGUAUGCGAAAGCGCCCCGAUGUCCGUGUGGAUCCUUGGCGUCGGCUGCCCGGACCUCGUGAGUGAGGAGUUGUCACAGGUUUAGAAUUAAAAUGAAAUCUUUUUAGACUGAGACCAAAAAAAGGAGCAGUUUGUAACUAUUAAAACUUUUCCCUCUUCUCUUGCUGAAACUUGCUGAAAUUCAUCGCCGUUUUUCGCUGUAUAAAAAGGGGCGGAGCUUACUGUGUAAAACUCUGAGCCUGUCUGACGAUGCUGCCUGAAAUGAUGCACUGAUACGAUGAUGUGUCAUCUAAUCAAAGCGUCUUUUAUUUUUAUGCCCCAGAUGAUAAUCAUUCGUUCUAAGCAGUGCACAGAGGGAAGCUGAUUGUCCGACAGGUGCUUGCGAUUGGCUAGCGUCGCUGUGAUUGAUGGGUAGAGAGAGUAUGCCCCUCCCAUGCCUCCGCAGCACACUGUAGCCGUCUGCUGUUGGUUCCACGCUUCUGUUCAGAAUGCAAUGAAGUCAAUUCUUCACGAGAAAAUGUGAAAGAGAAAUCGCUCCGGAUUGAAGAAAGAGAAACGGCGCGCGUUUUAUUUUUAUUUACCUGUGUAGAUUUUUCUGCUGCAAGAAAUGCGACAGAGGUUGUUUGAACACGCAGUAGGAAACAACCGGCAUGUUUAAUAGAAGAUACAAGGCUUUGCGUUCAACUACAGGAGCGAAUCUUUCUAUCUGUCUUGAUUUAAUUCCUGACUGGAAUAACGACGUCUGGGGAACGCAAAAAGACGAUCCGAGCUCGACUCAGAUCCGUCCUGGAUCGCCGCGGUGAGGACGGUCGUAUCGGAGAGACUCGUUUAUUCUAACGAACAGGAGCUAGACAGAGCGAUUACAGACGGGCGUUUGAGGAAAUGCGUUUUCUUGACUUGGAAGGAGACUGGGUUACAGGACCGUCACGGUGCAGGUGUAGGACACUAUAUUAAACACUAUAUUACACUAUUAUUAACCCCAGAGCUUUUUAUUUCCUUUCUAGUGUUCUCUUCUUCCAUUAUUACUUCCUUCCUUCCUUCAUUUCUUGGUUCCUUCAUUCGUUGGUUCAAUCCUUUCCUUCCUUCCUUCUUUUGUUUCUUUGUUCCUUCAUUCGUUGGUUCAAUCCUUCCUUCGUUUGUCCAGUAAGAAACCUGUCCACUGUUCUGUUUUGUCCACUCACACACUGGACGCUUGUCUUAUCCUCCAUGUCGUUUGGCUGCAGGGAAAUCCUUUCGAAAAAGAAGAUAUCCAAAUUUCCACGAGACAAAUGAGUUCUCCGUAACGUAAAUCCAAUCCAUCAUCCCGUAUAUAUCUCGUGUGUGUGUGUAUAUAUCCCGGAGAAAAUCCUGGAGCCGGAUCCGAGAUAUCCAGGUGCUUCUUCUCCGCACUGUUUUUUUUUUUUUUUUUUUUUUUUCCCACCCACGAUGAAGAAAAGCAGCGUUUUUUGUUUCUCUCCAGCAACCAAAGAUCUCAGACUGCACCACUAACCAGAGUGAACAGAAACAGGUGAUCAUCUAGCACGGUUCUCCCUCCCGGUGCACUCACCUCCUCCUCCUCCUCCCUCUCCGUGUCCUCUUCAUUCUCUCAAAAGAAAGAAAAAAUAUGAAUAAAGGAAAACUCGUUCAUGUGCCGCUCCGUCUCCUCCUCCUCCUCUUCCUCCUUCACCUCACCUUCAUUAUAUCAUCAAUCAGCUUCUCGUGCAUCGAGUCCACGCGAGUCAGUUUGCCUUCGUACACGUCUCUACACUCUUCUACUUUCCUUUUCUUCCUUUUUUUUUUUUUUUUUUUAAA